AUGACUCUUCCAAACUUAGCGAAAGGACUCGGCGGUGAAGAGACAAGAGCCAAGAGUGGCAGCUGGCAUUUAGAGGGAAACGGUAGUCAACUGGACUUCUCCAAGAGUCUCCGGAACGGCAUCAACAUUAAGCGGCUGAGCCUUAAGAGGAGGCCUCGAAUGGCCGUCGGCAAUGAGGAAAAAGCGCAAAGCGGCGUUUCGUCCGGCCAGUGGCAUUCUGCCGAUUCCCUCUCGUCCUCGAGCGGCGAUGACACGAGACUCCUCGGUCGACCUCCUCUUCCUCCACCGCAUGGAUCCACCGCUUCCAGAAAUGAAGGACCGGAUCGCAGUGGCGAAUUUAGGUCCUCGCCUGCUUCGAGAGCUCCGUUGCAAAAACAAAGCCCUUCGUCGGAGCAGAGCAUCAGCGAGCUACACCGGAACCUGGAGCAGGAGACAACCGGCCACACCCUGGGUCCCCGCCGCCGCCUGGCCAGCUUCGCCGGAGUGAGCUCCCCUGGUUCUCUUUCUCGCUACACCGGGUUGGGCGCUUACGAUGACAAUAACGGCGGCAAGGCUCGUGAAAUCGGCGGCCACGUGCAUGGACUUCUUGGCUCCGCCCUGGGAAGCAGAGGGAGCACAGGUUGCCUCCAGUCGAGCCCUCAGGCAUCGGGAAGGAGCACCCCGCCGGUCUCGAGCCUUGGCCCAACGCAGCUGCUGAAUGUCCGAGAUCAAAUGGUGGUGGCCCUGCAGAAGCUGAGGGAGCUAGAAGAACAAGUGAAGAUCAUCCCCUUACUCAAAGUGAAAAUCUCGGUCCUCCAGGAGGAAAAGAGGCAACUGGCCUCGCAACUCAAGAUCCAGAAUGAGGACUCGGAGAGGAGAACUGAGGGCGAAGAGAAGAGGGAUUGCUACGACUUCGGCGAGAGAGAUGAAGAGAUGCUGGCACUCGAGAGGGCCAUCAAGACUGGACAUUAUCCGACGUGGCAAGAAAGAAGCCCUUGCCAAAAGGAUGAUAAGAUAGUUGAUGGAGAAGCCACGAAAGAAAACAGUCAAACCUCCACGACAGCACAGUUUCAACAUAACCGCCGUCUCGCGGAUUUAGAAGCAGAGGUUCUAGAGCAGCAACAAGUCAUUGCUGCCUUAAAGGAGAAAAGCCUUCACUUGGAGGCAGAGUUGAAGGAAUCCUCUCUCCAAGCUGAAAUGAGCCGGCUGAAACUGGAGCUUCAGGCUGCAGAAGCUAGAAACCGAGUCGACAAAGCCUCCUCCGCCAAGCCAUCCGUGGCGAGCUGCAGCACCGAGGCGAGGCCCGACACCACAAGCCAAGGGGUGGGCAACCACAUCCAGCUCAAAGAUGCCAGCGCGGGGGAGGCGGUGCAGGUGAAGAAUGCGGCGACAUCGUGUUGUGGCCCAGAGUUGAAAAACGUUGGGAUUGGUCCAGAUCUAGCCAUGAGCCGCUGGGAGGUCCGAGAGCGAGCGGAAACCAGGGAGAAGGGCGUGGGGGUCCACGUUUCCACUAACUCUCAAGGAGUCGGAGUGGAAGUGAAACUCAGCGAUGCCGAAAGCAACACGGAAAUACCGUGGCAGAAUCUGGAGCGUAAGGAACUCGUGUCAGUGGGAUGCGGAGACUGUUCCGUGAAUGUGAUCGUCCGCCAGGCAAAGGACACGGUUUCCAGAGGCAUGGUGACAGAUCCGGUCAAAGGUCUGGGACUCGCGGCGUCACCCCAGACAAUGUCCCAACGUACCAACACCGCAGUCAACUCCGUGACCCGUUUCACAAACACCAGACAUGGCAUCAGCACAGACUCCAGUACAAAUACUGUCCUCAAAAGCCAACACAAGCACACCAACACCACCAAGGGCGCCACUACCAGGACGGUAGCGGUCGGAAAAGGGCUCAAAGACGUCAAGUGCGUCCUCAAGACACGCACGCUCGGCGUCGGAACCAGCCCCCUGGAAGGAAACGUCCCGAAACCAAAUACCAGAGACAUUGGUGUAGGAUUCAUGAACAUUUAUGAGAACUCCCUGGUUGGCCUUAAAACCCAAAACAUGGCCUCGGGACCGUCCCAUCUCCCCGACCCGGUGAACACUCGGAGCAUUGGCGUCGGCGAUGGGAGGAUACGGGAUCUGUCCGGUUCAAACGCUGCAGCUGGUCAGGAGAUUGCCCCGUCUCAGUACAAUUCGGCGUUGGAUAGUGGCAUUGAAAAGCUAGCAGCGGUACUCCAGCCACGUCGCGGCCUUCGAACCAGCUCGUCGCUAUCGGCCAAUACCGGAGAUGUGGCUCGAGGUGGUUCAUUUGAUUCAGUGCCGGCAGACUCCUGCAACUCUUGCCAGCAGGGUGGAAAUGACUCGGAGGUGAAAAGAAUGAUCCAGCUGUUAGAACAACAGAGCUCAGAUGGAGCAACUCUUUUCGGCACUCGGCGCAAAGCCGCAAAGAAGGAAAACGGCGAGCAAGGUUGCAGCAACACCAGGAAAAACAUGCGCUUCAUGAAGGCUGCCAGCGGGUUGAACCCACCUAGCAAAGUGUCCGCCGCCGAUAACCCGGAGGAGGCCGAGCGGGUCUCGAGCAGAAAGCCGCGGGAGGCUCCGGUAGAUCCGCCACCGCCGCGACGGCUCAAAAGCGUCGUGAGCGGCAAGGCGUCCAAAACGUCAGGAAAAUCGCAAAUCACCAAGAGGUGCAAGUUCAGUGAGAAGAUGAUGUCGGCCUGCCAGGCCUUGAAGACUCACCUGAGUGACGGCAAGCGCUUGCCCAGCAGGGAGCUGCGCGACUGCCUGCAGACGGUCCAGCAGGAGUGGUUCUCCGUGUCCGGCCCCAAGUCAGCGUCCGCCGAGUCGGUGGAGGACUACCUGUCGGGAUUCCGCGUCAUCUCGCCUUUGCUGCUGCGACACGUCGCCAACAUGGCCGACGGCAACGGCAACACGGCGCUGCACUACAGCGUGUCGCACUCCAACUUCGGCGUGGUGCAGAAGCUGCUGGAUGCCGACGUGUGCGACGCCGACAAGCAAAACAAAGCGGGCUACACGCCCAUCAUGCUGGCUGCGCUUGCCGCCGCUGACCAACCGGAGGACAUGACCGUGGUGGAGCGGCUCUUCGACAGCGGCGACGUUAACGCCAAAGCCACGCAGGCCGGUCAGACGGCGCUGAUGCUGGCCGUCAGCCACGGCCGCAUGGAGAUGGUGCGGGCGCUGCUGGCCCGCGGCGCCGCGGUCAACGCGCAGGACGACGAGGGCUCUACGGCGCUCAUGUGCGCCAGCGAGCACGGCCACGCCGCCAUGGUGAAGCUGCUGCUGGACCACCCCGAGUGCGACGGCGCGCUGACGGACAGCGACGACAGCACGGCCUUGUCCAUCGCCUUGGAGGCGGGGCACAAUGAUAUCGCCGUGCUGCUCUACGCGCACGCCAACUUCGCCAGAGCACAUGCUGAGGCUCAUCACUGUGGAAGGUCCUAAUUGGUGUCUGGACGCAAGGCGACCGGAAGCUUGCCAUUUCCUCUUCUUUUAGUCGAAAAUAUUGGCAUUUUGUUUUGACCCGGGCGCCAAGGAAACACAAACUAAGUGUUGCGAAAUGGAUCUAGCGACAAUAUCAUGUGUGUUUCGAGUUUCCCCAAAUUCCACCUGGCACAAUCGAAACGCACGACAACAAAGAAUGGGCAAAAUCAAGUGCUUGCUCAAUAUGGCCCAUUAUCAUCUAUUGUAGCGUCCUCUCGAUUGCGUUCGCUCCUCUCGCCGGUUUGUCGUUCUCGCCGCCAUCUUGCACAAUAGAAAUAAAUCGAGUUCAAGUGAUGCUUUUUCUGUCGUGACGCGCUCGUGCGCGCGACAGCGGUUUCCUAGCAAGCGCAAUCAAAUCAAAUCAUACACAAGCGCUGCCGACCAUCAAUUUGCUGUUGCCACGGCAACAGGCAGCGAGGUUUUUUUUUUGAGCGGUUCCUAGGGGGAAAAAAAUAACGACUGAUGUCGGUUUCCGUGCGUUCAUCUGCUGGAGACAACGCUGGACUGCGAGUCAAUUUGAAUGCAGACGGACGACGUGAAACUGCUCGUUAUGAUUGGAUCGCUUCAAUAUUUCAACUGGCUACUUUUGCGUUGCCGGACUUGCGAGAUGGAGCGAGGCUGCCUUCAAUGCUCGUUGGCAAGACAAUGUCAGAAAAUAAAAAAACCGUUCAUUUUAGCUUUAAGCUGCUCCAAAAUCAGCCCGAUGAUCCAAAUGAACGCAGUCACAAUCCUAAAACGAUGCGAAGCCGAUUCCUGUUCAAAUGCAUUUCUGUCCACAUCUCAUACGCGGACCAGCCAAAAUGUUUUCUACAACUUUUUUGUUUUUUUCUAACCCCUUUUGUCGGGCCUGAUGGAAAAAUACGUCUUAACGGCAACCAGAUGUCGCCAGGGGUCGACUUUGCCUGGGCCGUUAAGACCCUUUUCCCUCGCUUGUAAUACGACUCCUUGCGUUUAGAGCGUGUUGGGACGCUUCCCCUCUAAGCUCAGAUGGAAUGCAAAGUCAAACGCAAACCUUU